CUUAUAAGAACCACUGUGAGACAUGAGGACGUUUUCUCCCACAGUCUGCAAUGAACACGCUCCUUCGACGCACGGCAGCUCCUCGUCUAACUCACUAUGCUCUCUCAAGGCCUGCAGUCUCGCCUUUGAUAUUUUUCAAGUCCCGGACUGUCGCUAGCAGCGUAUCCAACCGCCCUGCGAGCCAAACUUUCGAGCACACUGCUACCAAUAUAAAGGAAGAAGCCGGAAAUGCUGCCUCGGAUGUAGCCAAAAUCAUCGCAGGGACCAACGUAAUUCGAGACGAUGUUCCACCCAAUAAAUCUACCUUUUUUGGAAUUACCGGCGCUAUCGCAUCUUCUGUGCCUAAGCCUGCUAUGGUAUUUGGGCUUGCUGGUACACUUCCAUACGUUGGUGCCUCUGCUACGACCGUCUAUCUGGCUCAACAGGCAGGACACGCAGCUAGCGGUGUGGCGACAAAGAUAGAUCCCGGAGUCGCUCUCACCAUCCUCGAUCAAGCCCUAAAUGUACAAAUGACUUACGGAGCAGUAAUGCUCUCAUUCCUUGGUGCCAUACAUUGGGGUAUGGAAUUCGCAGGUUACGGCGGCCAGAAAGGCUAUUCUCGCCUUAUGUUGGGCACGGCACCUAUGUUGGUUGCCUGGCCAAGUCUUGCGCUCGAUCCCAUGGCAGCUUUGACAACUCAAUGGGUUGGCUUCACCGCUUUGUGGUGGGCCGACGCGAAGGCCACAAGCAAUGGGUGGGCGCCGGCUUGGUAUUCCCAGUAUCGUUUCUACUUAUCUGUGCUCGUCGGCGCAUGCAUCAUCGGUUCACUUGCCGGAACUUCGUAUUACGGACCUGUCGCCGGUCAUGGAUUCUUGUCCCAUGACCUCGAACUCACUCGCGAAUUGAGGAGAGAACUCAGUCCCGAAACUAAACAUAAAGUUCCUGGCGUAAUCGAGGCAGCUCCCGCGGGUCAACCGGGUUUCGUAACCAUCAAGAAGAGGGACGUGGAUGCCGAGGAAAAGAAGAAUUGAAGAACGUGUAUCAUAGGACCUGGAGCCAAUUGGUUGUACUA